AUGCCUGCCAAGCGCAAGUCAAGGGACGAUGAGGCGGCAAAUUUGGCCCCCAAAGUGGCCGUCAAGGAGCAUCGUGAGCCGCUCGGCGACAUUGAGAAAAAGGCCGAGCUCCUCGCGGAGCAGAUCAGGGGAAGCAAGCAUUUCAUCAUAUUCACCGGAGCUGGUAUCUCGACCUCGGCAGGAAUCCCCGACUUUCGUGGACCAGACGGGAACUGGACGCUCAGGGCGCAGGGCAGGCCUCGCACCACGCACGCGAAUACACUAAGCGCUGUUCCUACGCGAGCGCAUAUGGCGCUCGUCGAGCUGCAGAAUCGCGGAGUUCUAAAGUACCUCGUUAGCCAGAACUGCGAUGGGCUCCAUCGACGAAGCGGGAUUGAAGCUCACAACAUAUCUGAGCUACACGGAAAUAAUACCCGCGAAGUAUGCAAGUCGUGUGGCAAGGAAUACAUUCGAGACUACCGCGUCUCGGGCUCGCAGCCAGACCACAACGAUCAUCGAACAGGCCGCCGGUGCCUCUGCGGCGGGAUUCUCCACGACACAAUCAUUAACUUUGGCGAAGGCCUACCCGAGAAGGAUCUUGGACUCGCCCUUGAGCACGCCAACAAGGCCGACCUGUGCCUCGUCCUGGGCUCAUCAGUCAGCGUGACGCCGGCCUGCACGAUCCCCGAGACCGUCGCGUCGAGGAAAAACGCAAAGCUGGCUAUAUGCAAUCUCCAACCAACGCCACUAGACGACGACUGCGACCUGCGUAUAUUCGCCGAAGCAGACAUACUCAUGACGAAGGUCAUGGAGAAGCUCAACUACACUAUCCCACCCUUCGAGCUUCGGCGCAACCUCCUCGUGAAAAUCGAAACCCCCGUCGAGGAUAUGCACAACAUCACACUGAAGGGCAUCGACGCAGAUGGAACGACGCCCAUGUCGUUCAUCAAAGCAGCCGGCGUGGAAGGUUGUAGGCGGUUCGCGCGCGCGGAGCCGUUCUCCCUGAACCUUCGUCGGCAUUUGCAGCCGGGGCAUGCAGAGUUGAAAUUGACGAUAGAGCUGUUUGGGCACUAUGAUGAGCCAUACUUGGAGAUCACGCAUGAUUAUGCUGGUGAUGAAAUGGUGAUGUACAGCCUGAGGUAUAAUCCGUUGGUUAAAGAGUGGAUUGCGAAGCAGGAGGAGCUUGGCCCUGGUAUGGAAAAGUUGUUUGAUAGGUAG